CUUCACCAUGCGACAUGAUUUCCAACUCAUCGUCCUUUUGAUAUCAUAUGUAUUGUCGUUUGCUGCUCUGUGACAAUUAUCUGACGAACAUUCUCAUUCCUCCUGUUAUAUCCCUCGACCAAUGCCUUUCUUGUCAUCAAUUAUAUCCUAUACAGCAAUAUGGCCUGCAAGUUGAAGCAGCUACCCGUUCGGUGGCAUCUCCAGCACAUUCAGUCAAACCAGUGCUCCCUCCAAUUUAUAUGUAGCCCUUUCGCACUUCUUCGAUAUCUCACACAGGUUUAUUGUCAAUCGAACGAUGCCACGAAGCAACCGAAACCGUAACGACCGUACUUGCGAAUUUUGCUGUAAACAAUCUACUUCCUUUUCCAGAAAUUCAGACUAUGAACGGCAUCUGAAGGAGCAGCACCUACCCAAGAAAAGUUGCCCUUCAUCAGGCUGUGAUCACCCACCCGAAAAGAGGAUUGGUCGGUUGAUAAAACAUGCUCAAGAGGAACACACGGCCGAAUAUCAAAAUAGUAAGUAUUUCGCGCGCCAAUAAGUGACCCAGUGCCUGAUAGAUGAUCAUAGUUGCCGCUAAAUUGAAAGACGAUGAAAAUCAGGGACUCAAAAGGCUGCUGCAGACUAAAGGUAACAACUUUAUACCCUCGGGCUCAAAAUAUUCUCUAAUACCAUUGCAGUCAUUUCUGUGGAGAACCUGGAUACGUUCUUCAAUAUGACAGGUCCAGAGCAUGAUUUUGUUGGCGACGAUAUGAGUGAUCCAAUGUUACCAAAUGACGAGCAGAUUGACAGCGGAGCUCCAUACUACUGUAAGCUGCGAAAGUGUCGAUGAUUCUUUGCGUUGCUAACAGUAAGUAACACAGCGGUUGGCUCUUCGCAAAAUUUCGAGGCAAUUGGGGGCUUUUGUGACCUGAAUUCUGACCUUUUCGUCACCUUUCCUGCGAACUUCGAUCGAGCCACUCAAGACUCCGCGAUGUCACUCGAUCCACCAGACAACUUUUUGUAUCAUCAUCUUGAUACCCCUGUGCAAGCCGACUUGAUGGCUGCCAGCAACAAUGCAUGGGCUAUACCAGAAGAAUAUAAGUAUCUUACACCACAACAAAACAAUCCUUCGGUCCUCAAUUUCGCCACUUGAAACAGACAUGAGGGAGUUCGGUUGAAAAGUCUGCUUCUUGGCCGUACUGCUUAGUUCUCCUUACUGUACCACUGGUUCCUACAGUCUUUCUUUUCCCGUAUAUUUCAUCUAUUCAACACAUCAUCUCAACACUGUACCACAAUGUCUCAAGUGUGCUCAAACGUGAACUUCACUUCGGAUUUUUUGACGUCGGUACGGUCGGAACUUUUGGGGAUCGUCACAGGGCUGUUUUGUCCUUUUGUGACGUACAUUAAUUUAUUGCGAUUUAAACUUUGGGGAUUUUGUACCCAGACGUUCCAGAUUAAGUGAGGUCCAAGAACUUGCCAAACGAACCCUCGGGAUUGCAAAGAUUUUGAC